UCCUGCUAUCUGCUUGUGUAAACCGCUUUGUUUGUCCCGAAUGUGUUUCUUACUCGUAUAAAUUUAGUCAGUGCACAAAUAUUCGAAUGAGAAUAGAAUCACAAAAUACUUGACCAGUGUUUCGUAAUGCCUUUGUUUGAAUUUCUUAAAUACAAACAUUAUUCUUAUUAGCUUAAAGUCUCAAAUAUUUCUCCAAGUGUUAACUUUAAGAAAAUUGUGUAAAUUUGCAUACUUAUAUACUCGUAUAUGUAUUGUUUAAAAUUUCCGACCAGAAAAUGAUCAGCAAUAAAGUGUGGAGAGCUUUAAGUAUCGUCGGUUUCAUAGGAGUGGUGAUAUCAUCAUGUCGAUUGGCGGAAGCAAAAGUUGCCCACAAGAUACACUGCACAGAGGACCAGAUGCAAGUUGAAAUUCAAAUUCCUGAAACAACGAAGGAUAAUCCAGGUAAUAAAUCGCAAAUAUACUUAGAGGGUCUUAAGGAUUAUCCCAAUGAACGCUGUCAGCCUGAAAUUAGUGAUCAGCAGGCUGUGUUCCGACUAUCUCUGACUGACUUUUACGAAUGUGGAGUCACACGAAUGGUUAAUCAAUUGACGGGAAAGAAGGUAUACUACCAUAAGAUAUUAAUUGAAUCAAGUGAAUCCAAGGAGGUGGUGAGCGUGAAGUGUAUCACAACGGAGCCAUUUUACAAUGUGCUUAUGAUGAAUGCCACCAAAAGGGAGCAUCAUGCAGUCGUGCGUCGCGAUGUCCUACCUGCCGGGUUUCAAGAGCCAGAGGACCUGGAAAUCACUACGUCUCUUACAGAGCGCGCCCCAGAGCCACGUUUAUCCAUUGGCGUUAAUCAAAAUGGGAAAAAGGUAACCGGUGAUCUGACGGUAACGCCCGGAACACCUUUGACUAUGGAAAUAAAUUUGGAUCCCGACUCUGCGUCAGUUUAUGGCUUGGGUGUGAAUUAUUUAGAAGUGACCGAUACUCGGCAGCUCUCUGAAACAAUAGUUUUUAAAGGAUGCACAGUGGAUCCAUAUCUUUUUGAAAACUUCAAUACAAUAGACGGCGACAGGUUAUCAGCAAAAUUCAAAGCUUUCAAAUUCCCCGACUCAUCGUAUGUACAAUUUCGUGCUACCGUGAAUGUCUGUCUAGAUAAAUGUCUGGGAACUCAGUGUUCUAACGGUCAAAUCGGUUAUGGUCGAAGAAGACGAGAUACAAGUGAUAUUUUAACUCAGGGUCUGAUGGAUACAAACAAGGUGUACGAAAUAUCGCUGGCAAUGUUCAUAAAAAUUAACGAUAUCGAAGGAGUCAAUCGUAACGAAGUGCUGCAAUUAGAAGAAAAAUUACGGGAGCUUAAAUUGGCCAAUCAACGCUUGGCGCGCAAUAGCCGCGUGCAUUUUGGCGAAACGCUGAAAUCCUUCGAACAACCUUUAACCUCUGUCACAGCAUUUGUGGUUGAUGAGAAGGAACUAAGUCAGGCCCAACGCAGCGCUAGUAGAGCUGUUUCCAACAGAUCGUUAGGAUGGUUAUCUGUGGUGAUCGGGGUUUAUGCCGUUGUUUGUAAAUUUAUAUAAUGAACUUUUCGCUAGCCAAACCCGCCAAACCAGCCGAACCGAACGCAAUCUGACCACAACUUAUUGUUUAUGGAAAACACUAUGGCUUUGAAGCAUUCUACUUUAAACGAAAAUUGAAUAGCAUACAGAAAGGAGAGUUGAAGAAACAUGCAGAUGAAUGAUAUUAUGUAACUUUUGCCACUGGAGUAUUGAAGAUAAAAAUCGAGUUACGUUUGCAAUAAAAACUUAUCAACUGCCAUCAAAGCUAUUAAUACUGCGAAUCUAAAAAAAAAACAUAAUAAUUAUAAGUAUAAGAAAUUAGUUUUUGGCAGCCUAAACUUACUACCCAUCGCAAAUAUUCUUAUUCUCAAUUAAAAAAUUUAAAAUUAAUUUUACGAAGGUAUAAUUUUUCUAUAAUUUAAAUUGACACCACAAUCUCUACUGCCAAAAUAUCUUCUUCUAACGAGUAAGUCACUACUAGUCUACUAAGAUAAAAGUUAUUUGUAAGUUAAUUGAAUAUUAAUAUUAAUAAUAAAUGAAAAUAAUGACCAACA